CGAGCCAGUGUUAGACCGUAUGCCUAUAUGCGUGUUGUGUCACUGAUACAUUUGCAUUAACCUGCUGGCGGCACGACAGGCCAGUCUUAAACUCUCAGUGACAGUCAGUGAUACGGACAAUUCAUAGGAUUUUCUGAGCAAUCGGAGAAAACAUUUAACUGAUAUAACACAAUGAUGUGGGAGAAGACUCCUUUAUUAACACACGAAGAGAAGAAGCUCUGCUUGGCAGCAGUUUCUGUCGGAGUUACAUCUUGUUCCUCGCCGAGUGUUGUCUCAGCGCCAAAGAAAAGCAUGUCGUAUAGUAUUGAGAGCAUUCUCGGAGAUAGAAAGGACAAGAACGAAAGUCGGGACACGGAACAUGACUCCAGUGAAAGCCAAGAGGUAAGAUCAAGGGCGCCUUCUACCUCUCCUUCGCCUCCCGUGUCGCCGUCCUCAUCAGGAUUGUCCUUGGUCGUUCCAGCAGUUCCGUUCAAGCACAAAACAAGCCCAUCGUCAGGCGGGUUCGACGACACGCUCCAAGGCGAGACCAGUAAAGACGGCAUCAGCAUGGGAUAUGUAGACGAAGAUCCCGAAGACAGUGACGCCCCAGACUCCAAACCCCGCAAAGUUCGCCGAAGCCGCACGACGUUUACGACGUACCAGUUGCAUCAGCUUGAAAGAGCGUUCGAGAAGACUCAGUACCCAGACGUGUUCAUGCGCGAGGAAUUGGCAAUGAGGCUAGAUCUCAGCGAGGCCCGAGUCCAGGUUUGGUUCCAAAACAGACGUGCGAAGUGGCGCAAACGCGAGAAAUCCCUGGGCCGUGACAGUCCUUCCUUCAUCCCUCCAGAACACCGCCAAGGCCUGGUUGACAUGGCUGCCCUAGCCGGGAACAGCGCCAUCGCCUCAACAGACCCGGCAGCAGCGGCGGCGUUGUGGGCAACAGGCCGAGUCCCAAUACCACAUCUCGGAGGCGUGAAUCCCAUGUUGUUUCUUCACCAGGCUGGGCUCUCCGCCCUCCAUGGCCAAUAUCUUCAAAAUAAAGCCCCUUAUGGGGGUUUGAUGCCAACUGGCUACCUCAUCAACGCCGCUGCCCAUCCUCUAGCCCCGUCAUACGGCGGUAGCUUCGUGACCUCCUAUCUCUCUCCUCAAGGGUCUCAGUCGUCCCCCCCAGCCACACCGACUAGGGGGUCCUCACUGGCCACAAGCUCAGGAAAUGGAGAGGCUCUGGACAUGCGCCGAACGAGUAUAGACAAACUGCGGCUAAAAGCUCAAGAACACUAUGCAACAUUGGAUAUUUCUCCUUCUAAAGAAUGAGCAACUAAAGACCUUUCUGUAUAUUUAUUCACCUAAAAUUGCCAAAAGAUCUAGCACAAGAUGGCGCUGUAUAUAUAUAUAUAUAUAUAUGUAUAUGUGUAAUUUUAUUCUAUAUUUAUAUGUAUUAGUAGGACUCGUGUCCAGGGAUAUAUGUUUAUGUAUAUUUUAUCUGGCACUGAUGCAGUGGUGCCACUUUUGGAGUCAAUUUAUUGAUUACUAGACACAAGCUUUCUUUUUUGUAAUUUUUACUUUUUAAAUUAAAUUUGUUUAUUAAAAAUUGUUAUCAUAUUUUAUUAAUCAUUUAUUUAUUUUAUAGUUAUUUAAUUAUAGCAUUUAUCAUCUUCAGGUGAUGUCAGAUAUAACCCUUUUGCCCACAUAUAUAAAUCACCUCAGACAUUUUUUGAAAAUGAUUCUGGUUAUUUGAGCACUUCUUUUCCGUAAGGCAAGUUGUUAUCAUUAUAAAGUUUUGUACCGUAAAGAUAUAUCAUGAAUUUGUUAUAAUAAAUUACGCGUAACUUUGUUGUUUUAUACUUUAUAUGAUUAAAUUAUUGGUUUUGUUCAGUAA